GUUUCUGCGCGACCGCUCCACACGGAUUGACAGCUUGUUCCCUCUCGCUGUAGCCGUUAGCUCAGUGGCUGUACUACGAGCCGUUUGAAUGGUUUAGCGGCAGAAAGCAAAGCUGAACUGGGAUGCGAGUGUUAUAAAAAUCGAGAUACGCUUUUCUUUAAAAAAAAAACCAAAACAAAAUACAGAAGCCACACUGCCCGGGGUUGGAAAAAAAAAAAGGUGAGAGGCUGAGUGAGCGAGGGAGCGAGUGACACAAGGAACGAGAGAGAGAGAGAGAGGCCAUGGAGCAGCAGAGACAGAGAUCUCUCUCCACAUCAGGAGAAACGCUGUACGCCAUACUGGGAGUCGACAAGAGCGCCACGACAGAGGACAUUAAGAAAUGUUACAGGAAACUGGCAUUGAAGUUUCACCCAGAUAAGAACCCGGACAACCCAGAGGCAGCCGAAAAGUUUAAGGAAAUCAACAACGCCCACUCCAUCCUGAGCGACACCACCAAGAAGAACAUCUACGACAAAUACGGCUCGCUGGGGCUCUACGUCGCAGAGCAGUUCGGCGAGGAGAACGUCAACACCUACUUUGUUCUGUCCAGCUGGUGGGCGAAGGCCUUGUUCGUCUUCUGCUGCCUGUCCACAGGCUGUUAUUUCUGCUGUUGCCUGUGUUGCUGCUGUAACUGUUGCUGCGGUAAAUGUAAACCUCGGCCGCCCAUGGACCAGGAGCCCGAGUUCUACGUCUCCCCUGAGGACCUGGAGGCCCAGAUGACCGCUGACGAGAGAGAUGGUGGCGAGCCCAUCGUGAUGCAGCCGUCCUCAGCCACAGAAACCACCCAGCUCACCUCCGAUGCCCACCAAAGCUACAGGACCGAUGCAUACUAACACUCACAUACACACUCGCAUAUACAGCUCACACCUUACAGUUCACCACAGCUACAGUAUCAACCAAUAAUAUGCACACACACAACCGGCUCCACCACAAUCACAGGACUGAUGCACAAACUGCACACACGCACACCUUUCUUGUCAACUCAUCCUUCAUUUGUUAUUUUCUGUUCAUCUACAGUGGUAAAUUAAUAACACCACACAUACACACACACCAGCAAAUACUACAUACAGGAGACGGAGGAAGAAAAGUGAAGAAUGAAAAAUAGACAGACUACUUAAAACUAGGAGGGCACUCGGAGAGCGCAGACCUCUGUCACGGCCAACCAAUAGUCCUUGCAAAUCUGCAAGCACAACCACUAUAUAUGUCUGGAUAUUUGUCCAAAACUAUUAGAAUUACAUUAUGUCAAAAUAUGGUAACUAGAAAACACUUAUCAUGUACAAAUAUCAAAUGCUUAGACUGAAAUAACAUCAUGAACAUGGCAGCUUGUUAUCAGAAACAGUUGUUAUGAAAAACUAUGUUCGCAACAAUUCACUUUUAGCUUAACAAGCGCUGUGGUUGUAACAACAACAACUACGGACAAAGCAGGUGGAAAUAUCCCUUUUCUACUUUUUCUACUUUUCACUGGAGUUGCCGUCAACUCGAGUGAAACGUUACCUUCACUUCACCUGUCUCCACCGCGGCCUCUCUGCUCUGCUCUGCUCUGUGUGUGUGUGUGUGUGUGUGUGCGUGCGUGUGUGUGCGCGUGUGUGUGUGUGGGAGCUGAGCCCCGCCCUCGGUCAAACACGCAGAGGAGAGGACAGAGAAGCUAGCGUGACCAUAAAAUGUUUUUUUUUAUGGAUCUGCAUGGUUCACGUGGUUCACAUUUUCAGAGAUCUAGAUUAAUCUGGAAUAAUCACAUCUCUGAUUGCUUAUUUCUUCCUUCUGCAUUUGUUUCUACAAUGAUGUCUGAGGUGGCUGUUAUGUUUUGUUGUAUGUUUAAUGGGUUCUUCCUUGGCCCGUGCUUCACCCUUCCACCAAGUUUCAUCAAAAUCGGGCCAGUAGUUUUUCCAAAAUCCUGCUGACAAACAAACACACGGCACCGAAAACAUAACCUCUUUGGCGCCGCUAACAGUUAUUUUACACUGACCAGACAGAAUGCAGACAAGAUCCUGAUUGGGUAAUCAAAGACCGUUGACAAAGAUAUCAGAAAUGCUCAGUAGGCGAUUUGAGGGAGGAUGCCGUCCCCCUUGUUAGCAAAAUGACCAAAAAGGUGCUCUGUGCUUUGUCUCGUAGUGGCGCUUCACUUUGCCGCUUUUAAUAAUAAUAAAACAUAUGAGACAGACUGGUUUUGAACUUCCUGUGGGAAGAUCGAACAUGUAAGAGUCUGUCCAUUCUUGAUCAAAAGCUGUUUCUGCUGUCUACAUGUGUGCGUGCGUGCGUGCGCUCACUGACUCGACUCGCGGGCCGCUAAAGCAGCGCCGUAAAGACUAGAAAAGCUGCGCCGGUUAUGGUUAAAAUAAAAACGCUCCGUCAAAAUGUAAUAAUUCUCAACAAUUUAUCGAUAUUCUCUACAGCAGACGGGGAAAGAGAAAGUGCGGCAGCAGCAUGACAGAGGACGGGUCAGAAAUUAACAGAGUUUGGACCAAAAGUGCCCUUGAAUGCUGAAAAACUUUUUUUUUUUUUUUUUUUUUUUUUUUUUUACUUUUGUUGCUAUUUUUCAAAUAAAACAAAUCUUUGUACUGCAAAUUGAGUGUACCAUUGGGCCAUCCCCCUGUUUAAAAAUGAACAAAUCGCCUACUGAAUAUGCUUAAUAACAAUCGUCAGUCAGAUGCGGUCAGGUGCACAGAAUGGGAAUUAAAAAGGGGCGCGACAAUCUGUUCAAAACAAAGAGACACAUCAGCACAAAGAGGAAGUGAUAACAGUGGAAAAACUUAUAAAUGAUGCUGCCUUGUUUGUUUGCAAACUGGUCUGGAGUUUGAGGAGCAGGAGGACUACAUUUUAGGAAAUGUACUAAUGGAAGAUGAACCCAGAGAGAGAAACAAGAGUAACACUACAAUCAAUCAACAUUUUUGGUAAAUUACAUUUACCAAGUGGAAAUUUAUGCAAGUCGUACCAGGCUGAAGAAAGAGGUUUUUGACGUCAUUCAAAAUUUUGUUUUUAAACAAGAACAUUAAUACCUUGAAUGUUUUACCCUUGUUGUCUAGAACUUUUAAAAAAUCUAGAUUUUGUUAAUCAUUAACUCGGAAACUUCUAAGCCAGCUGUCUCCUUUUAGCUCGCUGGGAAACACUUGUCGAGGCUCCUCUCUCAGCCCAGCGCUGGCUGGAAGUAGGUCAGUGAUCCUGUCUAUAUGUUCAGUGAGGAGUUGAUAGGAAUGGGUGGGGGGUGGGGGUGUUUAUUUGUCCUCAGUACCCUCACCAGAGGAGCCACUAUGAGUAUGGAGAGGGCAGCUCACACUUCAACAGGUGCCGCGCUGGCAUCAAUUGCCCCUCAGUUAAAUCAGACAGAACCAUUGAAACAGUUUGCUCACUUAAAUCUAAGUUUUAUAGGUUUUGCUGUGGCAAAAGGAUGACGUUUAGAAACCAUCAGCCUAUCACAGGGCUCCACGAAAGUCUAAUUACCAUCUCAGAGAGAUACCUAAAGAUUUGAACUAAUUAUUUUUGAUAAAUGUGGCAUCCAGCUACCCUUAGCAUGUCAGCUUUCUCUGACAUCCAGCACAGUUAUACUGCAGGUUUAAUCAUAUGAGGAUUCAGCUGUCAGUCAGUCAGUCAGACAGAAACGUCUUCCUUGAGGAAACACUGGAAACUCUGCAGCUUCUAGGACUGAAUCUUAACCAGCUUUGGCACAUGUGACCAUGACUGAACAGAUAGCUGGAAAUCCACAUCAGCCAGCAGACUAAUAAUACUGCUAAAUGUUAACUGUGACUGGUGUGUUUCUCUGCUCCAUCACAGAAAAUCUGAAAAAGUCUUCUAGUAAUCAUUUACUCUCAUCAUGUCUAGAAUCAUAUUGCUUCAGUUUCUCAGUAGUAGCAGUAAUUAGUCACAUGACUUGUUAUUAACUCGACUGCACAGUAGAUUUGCCGUGGUCCUCCUCUUCCUCUUCCUCUUCCCCUUCCCCUUCCCCUUCCCCUUCCCUUCUUCCUUCUUUUAUGUUUAUCCUCGAUAAACUUUCUCUUCCACAUAUGAAGGGCCCAGCUCCCUGGUUCACAAUGAAAGCUGUGUGUUUGCUGUGGGAACCACUGCGGAGUCCAGUGUUAUUAGUAGAGACAUUACAAGAACAUUACCACACAUCGGUGACCUCCUGCUGUCAUCCGAAAGAACAGACACACACACUGAUUGAGCCCCUUUUUUGUUCGUUUUUAGUUUUCAAUUUGUUUUGUGAGAAAGUAAAAACGCUGUACAUGUCGUGUAAACCGUAUGUUUAGAGUUUACGUCACUGUAUUUCUUUGAGUUGGUCAGAAAUUUAAACACUUUUUUUUUUCCUUCUUCUAUUUGUCUCUGUAGUAUUGCUUUUCAUUGUUUUUGUUUUUCUUAUUUAUGUUGUUAAUGAAGGGAGGAUAUUGAUAUCCAAAGUCUUAUUUGUUUGUGUGGCAGCAGUUAUGUAGAUUAUACAGUCCUCAACAAUCAGACUGAUUAGUUAGGGUAUAACACUUUUUUUUAUUUGUAGUUCUUCUUUAUUUGUCGCACACAAGUAGCACUCCAGCUAUGCUAUAGUAGAAAAUAUAAAAAAUUGUGGUUGUUUGUGUCAACUAUUUGAUUUUUGUAAACAAAGCAAAAAAAGAAACACCUACACUGAACCAAACAAGCUAAUUUAUUCACUGUAUUUUCUUUGAUUCCCUCAAUCAAACACUUUGUUCAUUAUGUAUUUAUACAUAUCAUGAGAGAGUGCAAUAAGAGCUAAGUAAGUCUCUUCCAUGGCUGUCCUCCUCUUCCAAACCUCCGAUCACAAAUUUCGAAGGUUGUUUCAGGGAAUCUGCAGUCAUAAAAAUCUAAAAGUCCUAAACUAUUUCAGUUUGAGGCCACAAGAAGAGUGAAAUAGAGCUUUUACAAACCAUCAGUACCACAUCAGUACAAACCAGAGUUUGUCAGCUCUAGUAAACAGUUAAAAAAAAGGCUGAUUAUGUUUUUAAGUUUGUCUUCCAGUUUUUAAUCUGGACUUCUGGUCCAAUUGAGGAUUAGAAAGAUGUUUUGAGGGUCCUUUUUAAAGGGUUUUUAUGAAACCUGCAGAUGCUCUGUUUUAACCAAAUUUCUCUUUACUUGAUUAGUUUUGUGCUUCAUGUCAUAUGACCACUCAAACGCCAUAUUGUUCACCCCAAAAUCCCUCCUUUCUUUUUUUAAAAUUUUCCUUUAUUGACCAAACACGCAACAGUGUCUUAGUGAAUGCAGCGUGAAGCCUGGCAACCAUAAACCUGGAGUCAAGACACUUCCAUUGUUAGAUCUAAAACAAUGACAUAAAUAAAAAUAACUGAUUUAAGUGUGAAUAUAGCGACCAGAUUCUAAUAAUAUUGAAGCAUUAUUUUAUUUAUUUUAUUUUUCUUAAGUUUUUAAUAAUUAACUACUAGCUGGUAUGUCAAGGGGAUGUAUAGAAUUUUAGAUGUAAACCAUUUUGACAAUGAAUUGGCAAAAUGGCACACCUGCUGUAUAUACACACAGUGGCACAGUACAUAGAGACGUAGAGGUUUUCUGUUUUUAGCAUGGACUGAUCAUGUUUGCGUCUGUCAGGCAGACAUGUGGGUAAAUGAAGUAUCUGAUGUACUGUUGUAAAAUAAAUGUUUCUGUUGCUUCCGA